AUGCCGCCAUUUUCGAGACUGAUCUGCUUUGAAUCGCAGCAGCACGGGAAAGCAAAGUAUUUUGCAGACUUGGGCGUCAACGAGGCCUCCGUGAUCCCAGAGCCGGGAACUUCCAUAGAGGCCUACUCCUCGUUCGACGACCUCCUUGCGGGAAAAGACAAAGUGACUGCGAUAGUGGGCAAGCUUCUUGCACCACUUCCCCGCACCGACCUGCCUAUAUACUCUGUGGGAUUGAACUACAGAAGCCAUGCGAAGGAGGCAAAGCUCAACAUCCCUGCCAACCCACCGUUGUGGACAAAGCCUGCAGCAGCGCUCGCCGCUCCAGAGGAGGAUAUCCCCAUGAGCAGAUAUUGUGCUUCCAAUUUCCCCGAUUGGGAGGGAGAAUUGGUCUUCGUCACGUCCAAAGAAUGCCGCGACGUGUCUCCCAAAGAAGCAGAAUCUUAUAUUCUCGGCUACACCAUCGGCAACGAUCUCUCGUGUCGAGUGUUUCAACUCCCCGCGCAGAACGGCGGCCAGUUUUUCUACGCAAAGGCGUUUGACAAGUUCGCGCCCAUCGGUCCCGUUCUCGUCAGUCCCGAGAUCUUCCAACAGAGUCAGGAGGUCAAGAUUGUCACCAAGGUCAAUGGGGAGGUUAUGCAGGAUGCGGACGUCAAGAAGGACAUGGUGUUCUCGCCCGCGCAGGUUUUGAGCUUCAUGAGCCAGAGUACGACCAUUCCAGCAUUCACGGCAGUCAUGACCGGUACCCCCGCAGGUGUCGGCGCGUUCAAAGCACCGAGACGGUUCUUGAGCCACGCCGACGUGGUAGAUAUCCAAAUCACCGGCAUCGGAGUGCUGAGAAAUAGAAUUCUCUUCCCAGAGGGAAAGCAAGCCGCAUUGUGA